AUGCCUGGUGCUAGUUCUCCUCAGCCAGGGAGGCGAAGAACGGACUCCCCGGCCUCGGAGUCGACGCCGGCUAACAAAGGCAGCCCGGCCCCGCCGCAGCAACAGUCUCCCGCGGCCGAGCAAAGCGAAGGAGCCGCGGAGGAAACGGGGGAAGGCCCGUCGAAAAUGACUCUGGAUUUGGCAAGUUUUCGGAAGCCCGGAGAGAAAACGUUCACCCAGCGCUCCCGUCUCUUUGUCGGGAGCCUGCCGCUGGAUAUCACGGAGGAGGAUUUUAGGAACCUGUUCGCUAAAUAUGGGAACAUUAACGAGGUGUUCAUCAACAGGGAACGGGGGUUUGGAUUCGUUUGCUUGGAAACCCGAACUCUGGCGGAGAUUGCUAAAGUCGAGCUGGACGGGUCGGUUCUGAACAACAGAGCACUAAAGGUCCGCUUCGCGACGCACAGCGCUGCACUCAAAGUUCGCAAUCUGCUGCCAGUAGUGACAAACGAACUCCUUGAAGAAGCGUUUUCUCAGUUUGGACCUGUGGAGCGGGCUGUAGUUGUGACAGACGACCGCGGCCGUUCCACGGGGAGAGGCAUCGUUGAGUUUGCAAGCAAAGUUGCCGCCCGUAAAGCCCUGGAGCGCUGCAACGAGGGAGCCAUGCUGCUGACGACUACUCCAUGCCCCACCAUCGUUGAGCCAAUGGAGCACCUGGACGAUGAAGAUGGUCUACCUGAAAAGAUUCUUCCAAAAACUCCAAAGUAUUACAAAGAGCGAGAGCAGCCGCCCCGAUUCGCCCAGCCUGGCACAUUCGAGUUUGAAUACGCGUCUCGCUGGAAAGCUCUGGACGAGAUGGAGAAGCAGCAGCGGGAGCAGGUCGACCGAAACAUCAAGGAGGCCAGAGAGAAACUGGAGGCGGAGCUGGAGGCCGCCAAAAACGAACAUCAGCUCAUGUUGAUGAGACAAGAUCUAAUGAGACGUCAGGAGGAGCUGCGGCGGCUGGAGGAGCUGCGCAAUCAGGAGCUGCAAAGACGAAAGCAGAUAGAAAUGAGGUGA